ACGUGGCCAACAAAGGUUACAGCAAACGCUUACUCCACAGCCACACAUAGCCCGCAUCUUCCACUUUGACUUGUAGCAUCUCUUUUGAACGAUCUUCCCUAUUAUCAACACCGUAUCAUUUGACUAAUUGAACAUGAGCAAUAUGGAAAAGACGCUAUUUCAGCUGAAGUUUACCGCCAAGACCCUUAAUCGUCAAGCAAAGAAAGCGCAAAAGGAUGAAAAUACGGAAAAGGCUCGUCUCAAGAAGGCGUUGCAGCAGAGAAAUACUGAUGGCGCGCGGAUCUAUGCUUCGAAUGCCAUUCGCAAGAAAUCCGAGGCUCUGAACUUGUUGCGACUAUCUAGCCGGUUAGACGCUGUUGCCAGUCGGGUGGAGACUGCCGUCACAAUGAGACAGGUUACUGGAAACAUGACCUCCGUGGUCAAGGGCAUGGACAAAGCAAUGGAUAGCAUGAAUCUUGAACGGAUUUCGCUUGUGAUGGACAAGUUCGAAUCACAAUUCUCCGACCUAGAUGUCCAGACGUCUUACAUGGAGGACGCAAUAUCAAGCACAACGGCUGUAUCAACUCCGCAAGAUCAAGUAGACUCUCUCAUGCGGCAGAUGGCAGAAGAAGCCAACAUAGAAUUGCAGCAUGAUCUCGCGUCGAAAGACCUGUCUGGUGUUCCAUCUCUGGCUACGAAAGAGAGCAUUGGUGAGGAAGACGGUAAACUAGCAGAGAGACUGAGAGCUCUGAGACCGGCGGCGUAAUGAUUUAAUUUAUUCAUUGCAGGUAGAUAGAGGUAUUCAAUCUCGUGGAUUUUUGUAUAUCGUAGUACGGAUUGUACAUCAUAUUCAUUACUCUUAUUCUUAAACUUUGUUCACUGCACUCUUACCUAAGUUCUGUAC